GCCGUUGACAAUAGUCCUGGCACAGGAUAUCAUCGAAUACAUUGUUCUGUAUUUCGAUACAUCCAGUCGCCAUGGCAAUUCAAAAGAAGCACGGCAAGGGCCGUCUCGACAAGUGGUAUAAACUUGCCAAAGAGAAGGGCUACCGAGCCCGUGCCGCCUUCAAACUGAUCCAGUUGAACAAAAAAUAUGGAUUUCUUGAGAAGAGCAGAGUAUUGUUGGAUCUUUGCGCCGCCCCAGGUUCAUGGUGCCAGGUCGCAGCAGAGACAAUGCCCGCACAGAGUUUGAUCGUUGGUGUUGAUUUAGCACCUAUCAAGCCCAUUCCUCGAGUCAUCACCUUUCAGAGCGAUAUUACUACGGACAAAUGCCGAGCAACCAUUCGAGGGCAUUUCAAGCACUUGAAGGCAGACACGGUUCUGCACGACGGAGCCCCGAACGUGGGUGUUGCUUGGGUACAAGAUGCCUUCUCGCAGGCAGAACUCACAUUACAAUCAAUGAAGUUGGCAACCGAGUUUUUGAAAGAGGGUGGAACAUUCGUCACCAAGGUUUUCCGAUCCAAAGAUUACAAUGCACUGUUGUGGGUGUUUAAACAACUGUUCACCUCUGUCGAAGCCACCAAGCCUCCGUCAUCACGAAAUGUUUCAGCCGAGAUUUUCGUUGUUUGCAGAGGCUUCAAGGCUCCUAAGAGGAUGGACCCGAAGUUUUUGGACCCUAAGCACGUCUUUGCAGAAGUCCAGGAGGCAACGCCAAAUAACGAAGCGAAGGUGUUCAACCCCGAAAAGAAAAAGAGGAAGAGAGAAGGUUAUGAGGAGGGCGACUGGACCCAACACAAAGAGGUGCCGGUUACAGAUUUUAUUCACACCACGGAUCCUAUAGCAAUACUCGGUUCUGUCAACAAGCUGAGUUUCGACCAGAGUCCGAACGGCGAUCUUGCAAUGGUGACUCUGGACAGACUCCCAGAAACUACGCCUGAGGUCAGGAGAUGUUGCGAAGAUCUCAAGGUUCUAGGCAAGAAAGAGUUCAGGACGCUUUUAAGAUGGCGUUUGAAAGUACGGGACAUAUUUGGGAUGUCUGCUAAAGCCAAGAAACAACAACAGACUGAACAGGAAGAGGGCGAAGAAGUUGCCGAAGUAGAGUCCAUGGAUGAGGAACUCAAGAUCCAAGAGGAAUUACAGCGGCUUAAAGACCAAGACUCCAAAGAGAAACGAAAAGCCCGACGGAAAGAGAACGAACGGAGACAGAAGGAAAUUGUGCGAAUGCAAAUGCACAUGACUACGCCGCAUGAUAUUGGACUUGAGCAAAAUGGUCCAAUGGGAGAAGGGGCAAUGUUCAACCUCAAAUCCUCCGACAGGGCUCAAGAGGCUUCAGGUGUCGCUACCAGAGAAAUGGAGGAUGCAGAAGCCCUCGAAUCCGAGACAUCAGAAGAUGAAUCUGAGAACGACGACUCAGACGAUGAUGGAGACAGGUUGGAGGAAGAAUUGGACACCCUCUACAACUCAUAUCGAGAAAGGCGUGAACAGAGUGAUGCCAAAGCACGAGCGAAAAGGGCCAGGAAAGAAAAAGACACCGACGAGUGGACCGGGUUAUCUGAUGACGAGGGCGCCGGGGACGCAGCGACAGAUGGCGAGUCCGAAGCCGAAGAAGCUUCGAUGCGACCAAUUCCCAAAUCAGAAGGUCUCUCGACAAAGGCAGCCAUGUUCUUUGACCAGGACAUUUUCCAGGAUCUUGGCAUCGACGAAGAGGAUGCGGAAGACAACGACAGCGCCAUAGAACUCGAGGACGAGUUGUCCGAUCAGGCGAAGCGUAUUCAGCCCGAGAAGAAACAGAAGCAGUCGACGGCCGACCAAGUAUCCGUACCUCUGAAGCCAGCACUGAAAAGAUCCCCGAAGGCCACGCCACGGCGAGACGACGCCGACGACUCCGAUUCCGGAUCUGACUCACUCCCUGUACAAAAGUCAAAAACAUCCUCCCGACCUGAACGCCCUGAAGACCCUCUCCUGCCAAACGGCCAACUCGACGUCGACAUCAUCACCGCCGAAGCCAUGACCCUGGCCCAAUCUCUCGCCACGCGCCGCACCAAGCCUUCAGAUCUCAUCGACGACAGUUUCAACAAGUACUCGUUCCGCGACGUCGACGGCCUCCCCGAAUGGUUCCUCGACGACGAGGGCCAACACAGCAAGCCGCAACGGCCCAUCACCGCCGGCGCCGCGGCGGCCAUCAAGGAGAAGCUCCGGGCGCUCAACGCCCGGCCGAUCAAAAAGGUCCUCGAGGCCAAGGGCCGCAAGAAGAUGAGGGCGGCGCAGCGACUGGAGAAGCUGCGCAAGAAGUCGGCCCUCCUGCUCGACGACGAGGGCAUGUCGGAGAAGGACAAGGCGGCCGGCAUCGCGCGCAUGAUGGCCCGUGCGGCCAAGAAGGGCCGGCCCAAGGAGAAGGUCAAGCUCGUCGUCGCGAGGGGCGGGAACAAGGGCGUCGCCGGCCGGCCGCGCGGCGUCAAGGGCAAGUACAAGAUUGUCGACGCGCGGCUGAAGAAGGACGUCCGGGCCGAGAAGAGGCUCAAGAAACGCAUGAAGAAGUAGACCGGACCAAAAGUGGUGCUUUCGUAAUGUCGUUCUUGAGGGGACUAGAUACGAAAGACGGCCCGAAAUGAAACGAAUGCGUGACAUCAACCUACAGAAUCAAGUGGACGUGUUUUGGAUACCUAAAGAACACUGUGAUUCGAG